AUGGCGGCGGUGGCGGGUGUCUCGCGGCGCUUCGACCCCGCGGCACUGGGUCUGGACCCGUCCUGGCGCCUCACGGCCUACGGCGAGCUACGCGGCUGAGGCUGCAAAGUCCCGCAGGAGACGCUGCUCAAGCUCCUGGCGGGACUCGAGGGACAGCGCCCGGGAGGAGGAGGCGGAGGGGAAGGGGCGGAAGCGGAGAGCGGCGGGGGCCCGGCACUGGGCAUUGGCCUGGACUCGUGCGUGAUCCCGCUGCGCCAUGGGGGGCUCUCGCUGGUGCAGACCACCGACUUCUUCUACCCCAUCAUCGAUGACCCCUACAUGAUGGGCCGCAUCGCUUGUGCCAACGUCCUGAGUGACCUGUACGCCAUGGGGGUUACCGAGUGUGACAACGUGCUGAUGCUGCUGAGCGUCAGCCAGCGCAUGAGCGAGGAGGAGCGGGACAAGGUGAUGCCGCUGAUCAUCCAGGGCUUCCGUGACGCGGCUGAGGACGGGGGGACAUCGGUGACAGGGGGACAGACCGUGCUUAACCCCUGGGUCAUUGUGGGGGGCGUGGCCACCGCUGUCUGUCAAUCAAGCGAGUUCAUCAUGCCGGACAGCGCCGUGCCCGGGGACGUCCUGGUGCUGACCAAGCCCUUGGGGACACACAUGGCUGUCACCGCACACCAGUGGCUGGACAUCCCCGAUCGCUGGAACAAGAUCAAGCUGGUGGUGACACGGGAGGAGGUGGAGCUGGCCUAUCAGGAGGCCGUGUCCAACAUGGCCACGCUCAACCGCACUGCCGCAGGGCUGAUGCGGGCAUUCGGGGCACACGCGGCCACCGACGUGACGGGGUUCGGCGUGCUGGGCCACGCCCGCGCCCUGGCAGCGCAGCAGCGCCUGGAUGUGGCCUUCGUCAUCCACAACCUGCCUGUCAUCGCCAAGAUGGCCGCCGUCAGCAAGGCCUGCGGGGGCCGCGGGGGGCUGCUGCAGGGGACAGCACCCGAGACAUCGGGGGGGCUGCUGGUGGUGCUGCCCCGCGCCCAGGCCGCGCGGUUCUGCGCCGAGCUGAAGGCGCCGGGCCGCGCCGAGGGCCUGCAGGCCUGGAUCGUGGGCGUGGUGGAGAAGGGGCCCCGCGGCGCCCGGGUCAUCGACAAACCGCGGCUGAUCGAGGUGCCCCCCCGCGGGGCCCCACUGCGCCCCGACAGCCCCGGGACCCCCCCUCCGGAGCCGCCCCGAGCGCCCUUCUAAAGAACAACCCCCCAAAAAAAUCCCCAAACUGUGGGAAAUCCCAGCAGCUCCCAAAGAAAACCCCAAAGUUGGGACAGAUCCCACCCCGAGCCCCCUUCUUGGGAAUCCCAAAGAAACCCCCCCAGAAACCCGCGGGGCUCGGCUGUGGCCAAAAUCCCAUCAAAGCUGCCCCAAAAUCAGGUCAAACCCUUCCCAAAAUCGGGUUAAACUCCCCCCACCACAAUUUCCCCCACCCCCCUUCCAGGAGACCCCAAAACCUCCCCAAAUCUCUGCCCAUCCCCCCGGGGAGGCCCCCAAAAUCCCAACCCCAGCUCUGCACAAUGGGGGAGGGGGAUCCCCAAAAUCCUCCCUGGACCCCCUUUUUUGGGGACUCUCCCCCGCCCAAUCAUCUCCCCCCUCCCCCCAGGCUCUGCCCGAUGAGCAGCGGGCGAAGCCCCUCCCCCACACCCCCAAAAUCCCCCCUCGCGUGACGCUCCCCCCCAAAACCCCCCCCGUGGGGGUGGGGGAGGGCCGAGACCCCCCCCUUCAGUGACGGAGGGUUGGAGGGCUCCGGGUUUUGGGGCGGGCGGCGGGAACUCCCCAUAAAUGGGGCAAUAAAAGUGAUUUGAGACACA